CUUGUACUUCUAAUCCUUGUAAUCUCUUGUAAUUGUGUUGAAGGACCAAUUGAAAGAACUGUGCAAUCCACCAACAGCUGAUUGAAAAUGGAAUAUUGUCUAACGUCAAAAUGUCAAAAUAUAUGAUUUGUUUGUAUUAACUGGGAACGUUUGUAGGUGUUCGGUUAUAUUUUGUUGGUCUAUAGAUCAUGGCUACAACAACUGGAAUGGUAUCAGGCAGUGGGAGUUAUAACUUCAAAGUUGUGUUGCUUGGUGAAGGUUGUGUGGGAAAGACUUCUGUUGUGCUGAGAUACGUAGAGGAUACAUUUAAUGAGAAGCACAUUACCACAUUACAAGCAUCCUUUCUAAAUAAGAAAAUUAACAUUGGUGGGAAGAGAGUCAACUUGUCAAUAUGGGAUACAGCAGGUCAAGAAAGAUUUCACGCCUUGGGCCCAAUAUAUUACCGGAUGUCUAAUGGAGCAAUUUUGGUGUAUGACAUUACAGAUGAAGACUCAUUUCAAAAGGUUAAGAACUGGGUAAAGGAAUUGAAGAAGAUGCUUGGGAGUGAGAUCUGUCUAAUUAUUGCUGGUAAUAAAGUAGACCUAGAGAAACAGAGAAAUGUUUCAGUUAAGGAUGCAGAGGAAUAUGCAAAGUCAGUGGGGGCCAAACACUUCCACACAUCGGCUAAACUAAAUCAAGGAAUUGAAGAAAUGUUCUUGGAACUGAGCCAGAAGAUGAUUCAGCGAGCUCAGGAGAGUGAUCAGCAGAAAGCAAGUUCUCUGAGGCGAUCAGGCAGCACACGACGCAAUGUAGUGGUGGUAGAGGAUGACGACGAAACUGCUGCACAAUCCAAGUCUGGGUGUUGUGGAGGAGUAACCACUGCAUCCUAACCACUACCAUUUAUCUGGGAUCAACCCAGCUUGUAUUAUAUUGUACUGUUAAGAGCAAAGGCUGACAAGGCCAAUGUGACUGCAUCCAGUACUUGGUAUAUGUCACAGCAGAUCUUCAGAUAUGGCCAGAUGUAACUACAUAAAUAUUUUUAACAGAGCUGUUGCCAUUCAAGGAAAGUAUUCUAGUUCCAGUGGCUCAGGUUGAUAUUUUCUUUUUUAGUGUCUGUACUGUAUUCUGAGAAGUCAGUAUUUGUACAGAAAAUGGACAAGAAUAAAUCAGUUAUGCUUAGGUACAGCACAGACAAAUAAAUCUUGUAAAAAUCGAUUCUCCUCCUCCUCCUCCAUCGUCUUCAUAAUCAUCAUCAAGUGCUGUUAUUUACUUCGCUGCUUAAACUUGAUUUAUACAACUUGGGGAUGAGCUAGGUACCAAAUAUGUUGCUUUGUAUUGAUGAAGUCACUUCCCAGCAAGCAAUAUGAGCUAUAUUUAUAGUGAAGAGAGACAUUCUACAGUUUAUGUGCAAAAGUCACUAUCCAAUUUUGAAUUAAGACAACACCAUAUGGAGAUGGGUAACUUUUCCUACCAAACAUCUGAAGUAGUGACUUGCUAACUGUAAAGUAUGUGCCAGUUCAUAAGCAUAUUGUACACAACAUAUAUAACUGUUUGUUCUAUUUAAUUUCAUUUUGUCAAGUGAUAAAUAUCUUUCUUUAUUAGAAAUGCACCUGCACAGCAGGAGUAAUUUUGUCAGCACAAAUAUCUUAAUAAAUUAUGCAUACCAUUGGAACUCUUGUAAAUUUAAAUAACAUCUGAUAUAUUAAAUAGUGGGUGCUUUCAGUAUCAUCACUGUUGAGAGCUGGUUUCAAAGAGGGACUUUCCACCAACUCCACUGGGCCUUUAUAAUUUUGUCUCUGCUGCGGUCUUGGGAAAUACCAGCUUCUAAGUAAAGUGUCAGAGAAAAUGUUCUGAAAUUACUAGUGUAGACAAUACACAUCAAAUCUUACAUAUUUAUAUAAGUUGCAGAAGUUAUGUUUUCUCUGAAUGCAUUUCAUAUCUCCAUCAUACCCCUGGUCAUCUCUUUAUAGACGACAUCCUAAACAUGUUAGGAAAUUGGCAGUGAUUUUAAGGGCAAUUUAUGCAGAUUUAAAUUUAAAUUAAUUUAACAUUCAUAAAGACAAGUUACAAUUUCUGACAUGUUGAUGAUCUGCACAUGCAUGUACACAUACAGAAUCAUUAGAUUGUCUACAGGUCACUCAGGUAAUACUGAUCAUGUGUGUAGUAAAAUAUGUCAAGAUCAGGGCAACUUCCAUUUAAAGUGCUGGAUAUACUUCUCAAGAAAAACUGAUUCAUCAGGUACACCUGUAACUUGCCACUUUAAUAUCUCCAAGUGAUACCCACAGGCACCACAUAACCAUCAUUAUUAUCCAGGAAACAAGUGGAAUGUUUUUCAUUUAAAAACAUGGCCUCUCAAAAUACAAUGAACAAACAAUUCACCUUCAUUAAUAAAGUCCGCCUAGUUCAUAGACUUGUCAGUCUUGUGCACAUCAGUAAAUUAAUCAAUUUCCCUUAAAAGUAAAGGCAUUCAUUCAAAGAUCCAUAUAUCCACUUAAUCUUUUUUUUAUUUUUAAAAUUUCAGGCGAUGUUCUAUAAAAUUUUUACAGUGAUCUUUUAAAUACACAGUAAAAGCAAAAGGCACUUGUUCUUGCAAAAGAAGAAAAUUUUAUAUCUAGAAGACUUCAUACACAUUAUAAAAUUUCACAGUAGGGAAAUACACUCAACAGGACA